AUGGCGUCUGGAACCAAGAGGUCGGUCAAGCGUCGGAAUUUGAAAUCUCAUGCAGAUCAUCUUCUGCAGGAGUAUUGUUCCAACAGUUCCAUUCAUGGAGUUCGAUAUUUUAAAGGCCAGAACCAGUCACGCUGUGAAAGAUACUGGUGGGUUGUGGUGUUCGCUCUAUCGGUUGGAAGUUGUGCGUAUCUUAUUGGGAAAAUCUACCAAAAAUGGGACCAGACUCCGGUCAUUGUAAGUUUCCACGAAAAGACAAUUCCCAUAUGGAAAAUUCCCUUUCCGGCGGUGACCAUCUGCCCCCGGAGCAAAUGGAAUGGCAACAGCCUCAAUUUUUCCAAAGAACUUCAAACGUUGAUGAGGGAAGGUCCUGAAUUCUACAACAGAACGGAUGAUAUGCUGGCUAUUCUGCAGCUAUGUGACAGGACAUUUGUUUCACUUUUCUUGAACAUUUAUAAUGAACUACCAAAUAAAACAACCUCAGAAAGCUAUCACAGUCUAAUGUCCAAUAUUUCGCUUCCGAUGGAAACAUAUUUCUGUACUUUUAGAAGUGAACUCUAUGCAUGUGAUCAUCUUUUAAGAACCACCUUUACCGAAGAAGGUGUCUGCUAUACGUUUAAUGGUCUCUCAUCCGAGGAUCUGCUCACCGAUGAGGUGAAUCCCAAAUUCUUCGAGGGAAACAGAUCUCCACACUGGACACUGGAACAGGGAUACUCGUGUGAAGCGAACCUCACUUCCUAUCCCUAUCGGACGAUUGGACCGGGUGCACUAGCUGGAUUACAGAUCAUGUUAUAUUCAGAAGACAAGGACCUGGAAUACAGCUGUAGUGGGCCAGUUCAGGGCUAUAAGGUGCUCCUCCAUUCACCGGCAGACUAUCCACAAAUUUCCAACAGGUACAUACACAUUCCCCUGGAUCAGGAAGUGAUGAUAGCCGUGAAACCGCUGAUUACCGAGACAACGCAUAAAUUGCAACACUACUCAGCCGAGCGCAGGCAGUGCUUUUUCAGCCACGACCGAAGUCUUCGAUUUUUCCGCGUGUACACCCAGGACAACUGCAAUCUAGAAUGUUUGACGAACUACACGCUACAACGCUGUGGAUGCGUUCGGUUCUCGAUGAUUCGCACCCAGGAUAUGCCCGUUUGUGAGACCAAUCAAAUGUUGUGCAUGAUACAUGCUGAGGCAGAGCUCUUAGAAAUGGGAGUAGUGGAAGAAGAUAACAAAACAAGCUUCUAUAACAAAUGUAACUGCAUGCCAGCUUGCAACUCCGUAGACUACGAAGUCGAAAUUACCCAAAACGAAUUUGAAGUGGUCGAGUGGGAAGUCUCACUUGGUGGGUCUCGAAAACAGCUGGACGGAACAUUUGCAGCACACCUUCGGAUUUACUACAAGAAUUCCCAGUUCACACCUCAGAAGCGCAGUGAGCUGUACGGAUUGACCGACUUCCUUGCCAACUGCGGUGGACUGUUGGGGCUCUGUUUGGGAGUGAGCCUGCUGAGUUUGGUGGAACUAUUCUAUUUUUGCUCGAUCCGGCCUUUUAUGCUGUGGAAAACGCGAAGUCAGUUGCCAGCAAAGGUGGAAAAUGACAGCAUGCCCGGUAUCAGCUUACUGUCGACGGACAUUCGUAAACGGAAUGUGUGGAGUUCUUGAAUUGACUGGGGAAAAUUG